UGUUUAUUUACAUUUGCCAAACCGGCAAGCAUUACCAGUGUUUAGUGUUUUACAAACGAUUUGGAACAAAAUUUCCCUAGAUAUUGCAAAAUUUGGUGAUUCCAUAAAAAGCGAUCAUGAAACUGUAUGCACUUAGCGGUGAUCCGGCAAAGCCGUGUUAUGUUCUCAGCUUUAAGGAUCUGCUGAUAAUGCUCGAUUGCGGUCUAUCGAUGAGUUCCGUUCUGAAUUUUCUACCUCUACCUUUAGUACAGAGUGCCAGGUUCAACUCGAUGCCAAAUUGGAACUGUCGUGAUCCAGACAUUCAGCUGGACGAUGGGGAAAUUAAAGAAUGCUGUGGAUGUGCAUUUGUCAACUCGGCACCAGAAUUUGUUCCACCAUUAGACAAAAUACUGAAUUUUUCCGAAAUAGACAUCAUUCUAAUAUCAAAUUACACAAAUAUGAUGGCACUGCCAUUCAUCACCGAGGGAACCGGUUUCAGUGGAACGGUUUAUGCAACAGAGCCGACGCUUCAGAUUGGAAGAUUUUUUCUCGAAGAACUUGUUGAAUAUAUUGAGGCAUCCCCGAAGGAAACGGUGGCUCGCAUGUGGAAAGAUAUACAGCACUUACUGCCCCCACCACUGAACGAUAUUUUCAAACCCAAAAACUGGCGUCAUUUGUUCAACAUGGAUGCGGUUAACAAAAGCCUGGCCAGAGUCCAAAUGACCGGAUAUGAUCAAAAGUUGGAUAUUUUCGGUGCACUCCAGGUAACCCCAGUGAGUUCUGGUUUCUGCUUGGGAUCAAGCAAUUGGAUUAUUGUAUCGGGACAGGAAAAAAUUUCAUACAUCAGUGGAUCAUCGACAUUAACAACCCAUCCGCGACCGAUCAAUCAAGCUGCGCUCAAGUAUUCGGAUGUUGUUAUAAUGACGGGAUUAACGCAGGCGCCUCAUGUCAAUCCAGAUGGCAUGCUUGGAGAGUUAUGCAUGAAUGUAGUUAUGACCUUGCGGAACGGUGGUUCGGUACUGAUUCCAUGCUAUCCCUCUGGGGUGGUGUAUGAUUUGUUUGAGUGUUUGUCGUCCAGUUUGGAUAACCAAGGAUUUUCGCAGAUUCCUAUGUUUUUCAUUUCACCUGUAGCUGACAGUUCGUUAGCUUACUCGAAUAUUCUGGCAGAAUGGCUUUCUACAUCAAAGCAGAAUAAAGUUUAUAUUCCAGACGAACCAUUUCCACAUGCGAGUUUAGUGAAAAACGCUAAACUGAAACAAUUCAAGCAUAUUUACUCCGAAGGUUUUAGCACCGAGUUUCGUCAACCAUGCGUUGUAUUCUGCGGUCAUCCAAGCCUUCGCUUUGGAGAUGCUGUCCACUUCGUAGAGCUUUGGGGAUCCAAUCCUCAACAUACAAUAAUUUUCACUGAACCUGAUUUUCCAUAUCUGCAAGCCUUGGCUCCUUAUCAACCGUUGGCUAUAAAGACGGUUUACUGUCCUAUUGAGACUUCACUAAACUUCCAGCAAGCAAACAAACUGAUUAAAGAACUUAAACCGGGCGUUUUGGUCAUUCCGGAAAAUUACACUCAACCGCCACCGAUUGCUCCUCACAAGCUGGACCUGGUCAUCGAUCAAGUGCCGGAUAAAAUGAUUAUAAAAUUCAAACGCGGUGAGGUGAUCAAACUUCCGUUUAAACGGAAACGAGCGAGAGUCUACCUUGACCCGCAAAUUGCCCGCACUUUGGUUCCGCACGAGGUCCAACCUGGUGUCACCAUCUCUACACUAACAGGUGUCCUACGUGUGAAGGACAACAUCCACGAUCUGCAUCUGUUGGAACCAACGGCUGAGGAACUGGAAGAGCAGAAAAGUGCCAAAGGUACUCAGUUACAGCCACCAUCACAGAGUCGGUAUCGCAAUGUGAAAUACGAGUGGGGAUCUUUGGACGUGAAUCUAUUUCUCAAGAAGCUGGCUCAGGAUGGCAUCACCGACAUCAAGGUGGAACAGGGUGGAGUAGAUGAAAUUACGCUGCACAUGCCCAGUGAGGACACAAUGGUUAAGGUCAGCGAAAAGAGUACCAGUAUUGUGUGCGGUGGAAAGCAAAGUUUGCGGUUGAAGUUGCGCGAUUUGCUGUUACAGUGUGUGCAAAGCUUCUAAAUUAAGGUAUCUUCACAUAAGCAAAUAAAAUAAUU